GCAGCCGCGGACCCGGCUGGGAGCUCCGGUCCCGCCCCGGAAGGAGCAGCUGAGCGCGGCCAUGGCGGCUCCGAGCGGGCGGGCGGCGGUGCUGCUGCGGAGAGGUCAUGUGCCGGGGCUGGGCCCGGUGCCCCGGCGGUACCACUACAAGAAGAAGUGGGCCACCACCGCCCCGCGCAUCCCAGCCACACGCCUGGCGCUGCACCACUUCGACACCACGUACAGCCUGCAGCUGCAGGAGCGCUGGCCGGCCGUGCGCGCCGCGAUGCUGUGCGAGCAGAAGUACGGCGCCCUGCUCAACAACUUCGCUUCUGCCGACCUCAUUGCCCAGCAGCUGGAGCUGCUCAGCGCCACCGAUUUCAUUUCUGAAGCCUCCAGAAGGGCACAGUGUUGUCAGGAAGCUGUAGAAGUGGAGAGGAGGAAAACUUCCCUGGAGGGGUCUGGUGGAGAUGGGACGAUGGUACCAAUGGAGACGUCACCGCUGCUUCGUGCCCCCGUCAGCACCAACAUCAAGUGCUACACCUUCCCCAGAGGCAACAUCUCGCGCUUCCGUCCUGCGUGGCCAAACUCUCUUGGGAUCCUCAGCUACUACCUCAUGGAUGCAGCAUCCCUCCUGCCUGUUUUGGCCCUCAAUGUGCAGCCGAAUGACCUCGUCCUGGACCUCUGUGCAGCUCCGGGUGGCAAGACGCUGGCUCUGCUGCAGACUGGGGCUUGUGGGCAUCUGGCAGCCAAUGAUGUUUCCGUUUCCCGAACAAAGAGGUUGUACCACAUUCUCAAUAGCUACAUUCCUAAGGAAAUCAGGGAGUCUGUGAGCAUCACAUCACACGAUGGAAGGGACUGGGGGGAGCUGGAAGGUGGAACUUUUCAUAAGGUCCUCGUGGAUGUGCCUUGCACAACAGACAGGCACUCUGUCAUGGAGGAGGAGAACAACAUCUUCCACAAAAUAAGAACCAAGGAACGUCAGAUGUUGCCAAUGCUGCAGCUGCAGCUGCUGAUGGCUGGGAUCCUUGCUGCCAAGCCAGAAGGAGAGGUGGUGUACUCCACGUGCUCCCUCUCUCAGCUGCAGAAUGAACACGUGGUCGAGAGAGUGAUAGACAUCGCAGAAACCCAGUUCAACAUCACUGUCCACGUUGAGGACCUGAGCCACUUCCGGACGCUCUUCAAGGAUACGUUUUGUUUCUUCUCAGACUGCCGGCUGGGGGAGCUCGUUCUUCCUCACCUCACAGCCAAUUUUGGGCCUAUGUAUUUCUGCAAGUUACGCCGAGUGUAAGGGAUGGCAGAUCUGGGCUUGGGGCAGUUCAGCUUUCCUUACUGUACAUCUCUGGGCCAUCACGUUUGGAACUGACGUUGUUUCCCCAUUGCUGGCUAUCAUGAAAUACCCUGAAUGUCCAGGGAAAGCAUAUUUAAAGGAUAUUUAUUUUUCUUUUUAAAAUGUCUCAGGCUAAAUUGUUUUCAUCCUAUGUGAACAGGUUCAGGAUAAUAAAUACCAGCUAGGGAUGGAUCUCA